UUCACUUCACGGAUGUUGUCAUCUGUUGCAUUGUGGGAACGAGCACAUGGCCAUAGUCGUGUGUUGAAGUUUUAAUCAGAUCGUCUAAUUUAUUGUCAAUUAACUAAAUAAUAAACCAAAAUGGCUAACAGUAAAUUCCACAGAAAAAAGAGUAAAGUACGCUCACUGCGUAUGGAAGUGAAGGUUAAGAAGAAGGUCAAGGAACACAAGAAAAAAUUGAAGAAAGCAGCAAAAAAAAAUCCACAGUUUAAAAAAGGUAAAAGAGAUCCCGGAAUACCUAAUUCUUUACCAGAUAAAGAACUUAUUUUACAAGAAGCAGAGAAAAGAAAACAUGAGGCUGCACAAGAAAGAGAACGUCAAAAAGAACUACGAAAAAAAGAAAGAGAGAAGUUACGAAACAAGAAAAGAAAUUUAGACAGCUUUGUUCAAGAUGCACUUAAAAAACAGAAAGCUUAUGAAAAGAAAAAAUCAGUUUCUGAUAAAGAAAAUUCCCUGUCACAGACGGGUGGAAAACCAAUAGAAAACUCCUUAAAAUCAUUUUAUAAAGAAUUCAGAAAGGUUAUAGAUCAAGCUGAUGUGAUAUUAGAAGUUUUAGAUGCUAGAGAUCCAUUGGGUAGUCGUUGUCAGGAAGUGGAACAAGCUGUACUCUCAGCUGGAACAAACAAAAAACUUGUCUUAUUAUUAAAUAAAAUAGAUUUGGUACCAAAAGAGAAUGUGGAAGCUUGGUUGAAAUAUUUAAGAAAUGAAUUUCCUACCAUAGCUUUUAAAGCAUCUACACAAUCACAGUCAGAAAACUUGUCUCAUUCUAAGUUAGACUUGAGUAAAAUAAGUGAUGAAUUGUACAGAUCCAGUCAUUGUCUUGGAGCAGAGAUGUUGAUGAAUUUAUUAAGAAAUUAUUGUCGCAACCAAGGAUUUAAAAUGGCUAUUAGAGUUGGUGUUGUAGGAUUUCCUAACACUGGUAAAAGUAGUAUUAUCAACAGUUUAAAAAGAUCAAAGACCUGUAAUGUUGGUGCUACACCUGGUGUUACAAGAACGAUGCAGGAGAUACAGUUAGAUAAACAUAUUAAAUUAUUAGAUAGUCCUGGUGUUGUUAUGGCAACUGGUAAAUCUGAUGUUGCACAGAUUCUACGUAAUGUAGUCAAGAUUGAAACGUUACCAGAUCCUAUAGAAGCUGUUGAUGCUAUUGUUAAACGAUGUAAUAAAGAACAGUUGAUGUUACAUUAUUCUGUUGUUGAUUAUAAAGAUGUCCGAGAGUUUCUAGCUCUAUUAGCUACACGUCUGGGUAAACUCAAUAAAGGUGGUAUACCAAAUAUUAAUAAAGCUGCUAGAAUAGUUUUACAAGAUUGGGUCAGUGGUAAGAUAACAUAUUUCACUCAUCCACCAGAACAGCGUAGUUUACCAUCAUAUGUCAGUGCUGAGAUUGUUACAAGUAUGUCCGAGGCGUUUAAUGUAGAUAGUCUUAAAGCCCAAGAAUCUAGAGAUUUAGACACAUUAAAGGGUCAGUCGUGUCAACAUAUGUUAGUCGAAUCUGUUGGACCAAUAAAAGCUAUGAUGGAAGAACCUGAAUCAGAGGUGGAGAUGUCAGAUGAUGAUGAUGAUGAUGGAGAAGAUGAGGUAGAUGAUGAGGAAGUGGAAGCUAUGGAUGAAAAAGAAGACAACGCCGUGGAAGAAGAUGGUGACAGUGAAUUAUCCAAAGUAACAGUAUCUCUACCAACUAGACCUAGAUCAUCUAGAGGUCAAUCUAACAAUGAUGAUGAUGAAGGAAGAGAUGUUAUGGAGAAUGUACAGUUAAAUAAAGACAGACAGAAAGAAUUUAAACAAUUGAAGAAAAAGAGAAAAAGAGCUGAUGCAAUAGCUGGUAAAUUAUCUGAUGCAAUGAACUCAGCGUUAAUGACAGAACCUGUAGAUGAAGGUGAUGACAGUGAUGAUAAUUAUAACUUUGAUAAACAUUUUAACUAGACGAAAAAAUAAAAACAAAAGCUCUAAA